CGCGCUGCUUCGGGCAGUAGCGAGCCGUCUGCCGUUGCGGGGACGUCGGCUAGGUAGAAGGUUUGUGUGUAUUUGUGUGAGAAAGAGCCCGCGAUUCCUGCUGUGACCCACGCAUCGACCGCUCGCGUCUCCUCUCUUCGCCCGAUCAAAACCUCUCGGUGCUUUUCACGCGUUGCGUCGCGCGCGCGAGUCGUCGCGACGGGAGUUUCCGACCUCCAGAGAUUCGACGAGGGCAGAGGACAGACGAGCGCAGCCGAAGAUGUGCGGCGGCUUUACCUGCUCGAAAAAUGCUCUGACAGCGCUCAACAUUCUUUAUAUCGUUGUUGCCUUUAUACUAAUAGGAGUUGCUGUAUAUGGGAAAGCGUCGGCCUUAGUUACAAAUCUCCCUAUUAUCGGCGGUAUUCUAGCAUGCGGAGUGAUCCUGAUUCUUAUUUCCAUAUUGGGCCUGAUUGGUGCUGUUAAACACCAUCAGGUUUUACUGUUCUUUUACAUGCUUAUCUUAUUCCUUUUGUUCCUCAUUCAAUUCAGCAUUGCUUGUGCUUGUCUAGCUGUCAACACUAAACAGCAGGAACAGCUUGCAGAGCAGGGUUGGCUACAUGUCGACAAUGACUUAAAGACCAAAGUCCAAAACACUUUUAAUUGUUGCGGAUUCAACAGUACUUCAGCAGUACUUAAUCCAGUAUCUUGCGAUGAAGUCAAUAAAAUUUGUUGUCCAACAGCCGAUGUUGAUCCAACGUCUUGUUCACCGUGUCCCACGUGUAUGCACAAACUGCAAUCUACCAUUGAUUACGCUUUCAAGUUGUGUGGCAGUAUAGGAUUAUUCUUCAGCUUUACAGAGUUUGUUGGUGUAUGGUUGACCGUGCGCUACAGGAACCAGAAAGAUCCACGAGCUAAUCCUAGUGCUUUCCUCUAGUCUAACACCAUCGCCAUGUCCUCUGUCACUUAUGAUCCUCCUAACAGAUGGUGAUUGCAGCUUUCUUGGCGAGACGUUAUCGAAAUCAAUUAGAUCCGAAAGAAAGGGCUGCAAGAGCCAUUUUCCCGCAGCAUGAUUAUUUGUACUGAUGCGGUGAUGCAAUCGCAACAAAAUAUUUAAUCUUUCUUUUCUUCCCGUGCAGUUGACGUGAUACUCUUAUCGAGUCUCAGAAGGAUAAAGAUGUCAUCGCCAUUUUAUCAAGAUCAUUUUCGAUUGCCCGAAUGUAUUAUGUCUCGUCAUGUCAUUCCUUAAAGGCUGAAAUUUAAGUUCUCUAAUGUGCUGCAACGUUGUACACGCGUAAUGCUCAACAGAGAUAGAAAUUAAUAUUUCCUUUUUUUUUUUUUUUUUUUCGAUCGGGCAAUUGUAGAUUUUAGAUCGAGUUAGACAAAUAAUAACUGAAAUGUGUGCUCUAGUCAUACACUUAGAACACUCAUACUAAGCCUCAAUGCGCCUUGUAGUCUAGAAACGAAGAAAACAAAACCACGUAAGUAUAUCUCUAUUAAGUUUCUUCAUCAUUUUGCUUCCAAUGAUACGUCAAUAGAAAUGGAAAUGACAAUUUAAUAUAACGACACAAUUAUACUGUUUAGUUCGACAAUCCGGACACAUCACACAUGAUCUAAUCAUGAGACGACGGUAUAAAUGGAGUGAGAAAAAUGUGCAAAUUAAAUUUCCUUUUAAUAUUUUUUUAUGGAAGAGUAUAGUUUACCAUGGUAACAUCGUAGAUGAUAACAUCGAUGAUCGUGUUCGUGAUCAUAUUUUUCUUGUAUGAAUAACAUUAUCAUUACUACACAUAUACGUAACUAUUCAAUGAUAUAAUAUCUAGAAAUUUAUAUCUUCCCGAACAAAACACAUCGUGUCGUAUUGUCUUUGAGUAUCUUUUGGAUGACUUUAUAGUAUUUUUAUGUAUCCGAGGAUAUCGUAUUGAUUACUUUAUACGUUUCAAAUUUUCUAUAGCGCUAAAUACGCAUUUGUUUUUAUACGAGAAGUUGUAAUCAAAAUAAUCAAAGGGGACUCUAGUGUAUUCCUACACUCAUUUUCGAAACUUGGAUGAAGCUUGACUUGUAUCUUCUUGAUAGCCGUUACAGAUUUAUAAUUACAUUUACGUUUUAAUAUUUGUUUUUAUUUGUGUUUGCUUAUUAUAUAGGUACUAUGCGAGAAAAAUAUUACGAAACUACAUAAAAUAUAAGUAAACAUAUAUAUUAAAUCUUAUUGUGUAUGGUAAUGCCAUCCGUGAUAAUAUAAAAUUUACCAUAUUUCAAAUUUCAUGCACCAAAUAAUAUUCAGUACGAGUGCUUUGCUUGAGGCAAACUCUGAUUGUGUACUAUAAAAUUUACAAAUAAUAAGCCGAUUGUAAGAUGUCCUAAGAGACCUGGUAGGAAGUUAUCGAUGAACUUUGCAAGUCUCACUUCCUUGCAUAAUGUAGGAUUCUCAAUGGGUUCUUGGUGAUUUUUAAUUUUUCGCAGUCAUAAAUGAAUAUAUCCGAGCCACUUUGCUGGCUUAUAACUUGAGUUAUAAUCACAUAAGUUUAAAAAUGAUGAAGAUUGCAUUUUAAUCAAAGAGAAGAAUUAAUCAUCGAAAGAUUAAUCUCUCGCGAAGUAAUAUCCUGCCAGGUCUUUCUCGUGCGAUAUAACAAAAUUGUGUCUCUACGAGGAACAUGAAUUCAAUGUGCAUGAAAAUAUUGUACGUUUACAUCUCGUGCCCGUUCUAGACAUUAGAAAAUAUAGCAUAUUUUCUAUCCAAUCCUAUCGACGUGAGACGUAGAUGAGAUGUGAUUAUCGCUGUUGAUUUUGUUAAUGUCGUUAACUUUGUUUCCUUUUCUGCCUUUUUUGUUUUUUAUGCGAAGUUUCAUAUCAAAGAGAGGCUAUUGAAAUAUAGUCGUCUUCUCGCAGUUCAAUAACGAAUCGAACUCGUUGCUACGCGCUCCGGUAAGAUCAAUUAGAGCUUGACAAUUGUGACGUAAGAAUUAAACGCAUAAGAACGAGAUUCGCGCGGAAUUCGUUAUUGGACGAUGAAAUUAUAUAGUUUGACGUAUCGUGAGAUGCGCGCGUGAAGAUUCUUUCAAUAUUUGAAGGAGUGUUUGAUUCUCUCUGAAGAAAUUCUCGCGAUUACGGCGGUGAUUCGCGACGGUUGUUAGUCGAGUAACUAGCGAACGUAUCUUCCGACGAGCGUAACGAACGAGAUCUCGCCGACAUUCCGAUAUUUUUACGCACCUCCGCCUAGCUUCGGUAGAAACGUGCAUAUAUUUUGUAUGUACGGAAUAGGGCUCGUGUCGCGCGCGCAGCGUACACGCGAGAUAUAUACGGUAGCGUAAUUCCUAUAGAUAUUUUUACCUAAAUACGUACCGUAAUCAGUAUAUUCGUAAUUAGCCCUAAACCACUAAUGUAUACAUCCCUGAGGAGCUGCGAACAAUCGAGACGACUUCGACGAAUCGAGGCUACAUAUCACAGAGCGAUUUGCGCUUUUCCGCAAUCGGAGCGUAGCCGGUCGAAAUUAGUCGCGCGAUCAUACUAUGUGUAUCAUUCAUGUAAUAUGUGUGUGAGACGGAUGCUUCGAAAUCAAAACCUGAUGCGUGCGCGAGGAUUUAAAUAUCGACAAUCCUAGGUGGUGGGAGUCAUGUAGACGUUGUCACGGAUGAUGUACGAAUUAUACUCGAUUUAUGCCCUGAC